AUGACCACAACUAUUACUCAUGAUUUAUUCAAACAAAUGCCAAAAGCUGAUUUACAUCGUCAUUAUGAUGGGUGUAUUAGACCAAGUUCUAUUAUUGAAAUAGCCAAAGAACAAAAUAUAGAAUUACCAACAUAUGACUUAAAUGAAUUAAAUAAAUUAGUAAUGAUGACUAAUGACUGUGAAUCACUUGUUCAAUAUUUAAAAGCUUUUGAUAUUAUUAAUUUAGUAUUACAAACAAAAGCUAAUAUUGAACGUACUAUGUUUGAAUGUUGUGAAGAUGCAUAUCUUGAUGGGUGUACUUAUGUAGAAUUUAGAUUGCUCCAAUUCAAAGUACAAAUAAAGGAUUAUCAUGAAGAAAAGUAA